UGCCCGUCCGCCCGCCCGCCCGCCUGCCUCCCUCCGCCUCCCCGCGCAGGAUGCCUCUCUUCGGGGUCUCCAGAGAAGCCGCGCUGGGCGCAGUGGCGCUGGGCGCGGCGGCCGCCGUCGGCUUCCUGGCAGGCAGAAGAUUGUGUUCCCAGCCAGCUUUUGGCACUCCCAAAAGUUCAAGAGGUCCUGGGAAAAACUCUCCAUUGCAGCAGUAUGUCCUGGAUCACUCCUUACGAGAGCACCCGGCUCUGAAGAAGCUGAGACUGAUCACGUCAGGCCAUCCUGCUAGCAGGAUGAUGGUGAGCAUUGAUGAAGCUCAGCUUAUGGCACACCUGGCGAGGCUCAUCCGGGCAAAGAAAGUAAUAGAAGUCGGUGUUUUUACUGGGUACAACACGUUGAACAUGGCUCUCAUCAUACCAGAGGGAGGCAAAGUCGUCGCCUGUGAUAUAAAUGAAGACUCUGCCAAUAUGGGAAAGCCGGUGUGGAAAGAGGCAGGAGUGGAGCAUAAAAUUGACCUAAGAAUUAAACCAGCCCUCCAAACACUAGAUGAACUGCUGGCAAACGGCGAAGCUGGAACGUAUGAUUUUGCUUUCAUUGAUGCUGACAAAGAGAGCUACAACGACUACUAUGAGAAGUGUUUACAGCUCAUAAGGAAAGGGGGAAUAAUCGCGCUGGACAACGUUCUGCUGUCUGGCAAAGUACUUAACCCGGGGAAAGAUGACCGAGUGGUCCAGAGCAUGCACCAGCUGAAUGAAAAGAUCCUGCAUGAUCCACGCGUGAAUAUAAGCAUGAUCCUGAUGGGGGAUGGGCUGACUCUCGCAUUCAAACUAUAGUCCACGAGAGACACCAGGAAGGACGUGGGAAGGGCCUCCAGGCCGGGUUGAUGUGUUGCCACUUUGACUUCGUAAAAUAAACUCCUGCUAUAAACACA